AUGUCGUUAAAAACAGGGCUGCAACGUAUUGUUCUGGUUACUGGUGCCAACAAAGGACUUGGCUUUGAAGUUGUAAAGAAACUUGCUCAAAAAUCGUCAUCUAACACCAAUCCUAUUAUUUUUCUUGGUAGUCGUGAUUUAAAACGUGGUCAAGAAGCACUUCAUCAAUUAGGCUCUCCACCAAACGUACAUCUUCUACAAUUGGAUACAUCGUCAGAGAAAAGUGUCACUCAUGCUAUCAAUGAGUUUAAACAAAAGACUAACGAUCAAUUAGAUGUAAUUAUUAACAAUGCUGGGAUUUUACCAAAAGAUGAUAGUGUUCAGGCUGCUCGAGAAACGCUAGCUACUAAUUAUUAUGGAAUUAAAAUAGUCAAUGAACAUUUAAUUCCUCUUUUACGUGACAAUGGUCGUGUGGUCAAUGUCGCCAGUCAAAUAGGUUCAAUUAUAUUAAUGUGUAUGUCGAAAGAUCUUCAAAAUAAGUACACAUCCUCAACAUUAACCACAAAACAACUUGAUCGACUUGUUGAAGAUUUUCUUUCAGCACUCGAAUUUAACAAUCUUAAAAAAGCUGGAUAUCCUGAUGAUUUACACUAUCUGGCGUAUGGUAUCUCUAAGGCGGCUUUGAUCGCUCUCACUCGAGUUCAAGCACGCCAGUAUUCUGAUGGUAAAAACAUAUUCAUGUAUUCUGUAUGUCCAGGUUUUUGCAACACUGAUAUUAAUAAGCAUGCUCCAGGAACUCGUUCACCAGAACUCGGUGCUGAUUCCAUCUUAUAUGCUGUGAACACUCCCAAUGAUAAGCUUGAGAAUGGUGCGUUCUACUUUGAUGGUAAAAAAUUACCAGAAAUCUGCGUAAACAAAGCCAAAAUUGAAGGACUCAUUAAACUAACGGAAUAUUUGAGAGCCUCAACAUAA